AUGAGGCCGUAUUCGGCAUGUGACCGUGUUGUCAUCGAAUUUGGCAACAGGCGGUACACAAACAACUGGAAAAUCAGGGAAUGCGCGAGUACAAUCAGUCGGAUUUGGCCAGUUUGGUUCAUUUCGUUUGUUUCAUACCGGCGUUGUGAAUUGCUUCUCUCAGUUCGUAUAGUUCAUAUUACUGAAUUGUCCUUAGUAACUAAAUUUGUUUAUCAGAUGGCUGUAAUAAUGGAUGCAGAAAAUACCACCGCAGAAAUGCAGUUGGAUACUUCCGGGGAAAUGAAUGAUACAGCAAAAACUGUUGCUUGCGAGAUUGAUGACAGCAGCGAAAAGCGGAAAAUCAAGAAGAAGCAUAAACAUAAACACAAGCAUAAUGAUUCUAGUCAUGACGAGGAAUACAAAAAGCAUCAUCAUAAGAAAAAGAAAGAUAAAAAAAUAAAGAAACAUAAGAAAAGUAAGAAAAAAAAGAAAACAAAUGGUGAUAAAGGAUUUAGUGAUGUUGAACUCGAUGAUCUGGAAAAACGGAAGGAAGUAUUGGAGAAAAGGCUACAGAAAGAGGAUGAAAAGAAAAAUAAAGGUAAUUCAGAGGAGCAUACCGGUAAAAUGUCAGAAGCUGACAGCGAUAGUUCACCUUCUUUCGGCAGAAGAGAAAGUAAGCACGAUGAAACCAAACAAAUAUCUUCAAAAAAUGAAGUACUAUCUACUAGAAAUGGAACUGAGAAAGUAGAUGACGAUGCUGGAGUAAGUGAAAAGUUGGUAAAGAAAGUUUCGACUAAAAAUGGGGCUGAAAAAACAGAUGACGGAGCCACAGCAGGUGAAAAGUUAGCAAAGAAGGUAAGUCCAUCACCGGAAAGAGGACGAAAACGUGCACAUUCACGAGAAUAUCUGAAACAUUCUGAACAGUAUGAAUUGGCAAAAAGAAGGAGGAAAGAGAUUGAAGAAAUUCUGAAGAAUGAUGAACAAAAUAAGGAGGAUAAGGUGGAAGCCGAAAAAGCGCUGGAAGAGAAGAUGAAUUCGAAAAAUGAGAAAAGAGGAAUACAAGAAUUCAACAAAGAUGAGAAGAUAGAGCUCGAAGGAGGAAAAAGGAAAGCUGUUGAGAAUAAUGAAAGCACUAAAAAAGCUGAUAAUGAAGAGCAUCACUUGCCUGAGCGUAAAAAUGACCGAGAGAGGCGAAAAGAGAAUGAAUUAAGUUCGAAGAAACGAACUGAUGUAGAUCGAUCAAGCGACAUUAGACGGCGCAGUCGUUCUAUUGAGAAACGGCGUGGGUAUAAUGAAAGAACAGAGGAACGGCGGUCGGAAUCUCGGGAUCGUAGAGCUCGCCGUAGUAUUUCAAGGUCAAAAGAUGAUAAACGUAGAAGUAGCUCGAGAUCAGGUCGCAUGGGACGUGAGCGAGAUCGCAAUCGUGAGAGACGUUUGGACAGACGAUCCCGUUCAGUGGGACGGCGUAUUCCACGUUCCAGAUCUCGAUCUAAGGAACGAUUGCGAAGGGACGGUUCGAGAUCUAGGGAUCGAGCUGGACGUGAAAGAAGUAGAUCACGCGAUCAUUUUCGUCGAAGCAGAUCUAGAGAUCGCCCCCGUCGGAGCAGAUCUCGAGAUCGUUCUCGUCCUGAACUGAAACGCCGUAAGGAGUCAUCUCGUGAGCGAGAAAGACAUGAACGAGUUAGAUCGAGGGAUCGACAUAGUGACAAGGUGAAAAAUGAACCUCGACGAGAUUCGAAUAGCAAAAAUCAAAGUCGACGUGAUGAUGCUCCAAAGUCUGAAACCAAACUUCAGAAAGACCAGAAAAGAGAGCACUAUCGUCGGGAAGAUAGUGUUAGUUCGAUUGAAUGGGAAGAUCCUGAUGAAAAGGAAGAAAAAAAAAUUCAAGAGCUUCGAAAACGUCGUGAGCAAAUUAUUAAAAAUAUUGAAAAGCAGAAUGAUGAAAAGGAACGCCCAAGAGGAAAAACUGAUAUCGAUGAGAUAGCACUGGAUCAAGAUAAUCGCGAAAAAACAGAUUUGAAAGCAGAUAGUAUUAAACAAGAAAGGAAUUUUGAGAAAUCUGCAGAUGACGAAACAUCAAGCCAAUCGGCUGAUGAACAGUUACUGCGGGAAGCUGAGCAGGAACUUCAAAAAAAGCAUGACAGUGAUGUAUCUUGCAGCAGUAGCCCGAUUUCACCGGCUGGCGAGGAUACACCUGCAGAUUUCUAUGGUGAUUUGAAAGAGAAAAUGGUUCAUAUCAAGGGCCAAGAAGAAUCUGCUGUUGAUCGUGCAUUGCGGAAAGCAGUAGAAGAAGAAGCGGAAGAACUACGAAGGCAGCGAGGAGAAGACACCAAACAAGAGGUGGAGAAUAAAAUAGCUGAAGACUGCACUACUACUACAUUUGAUAUGUUUGCAACAGAUGCCGAACUUCCUCCUGAGAUAUUGAACAAAGCUGCAAUAAUAGUUUCUGGACAAGAACCAGCCAAUGCUUCUUUGAAGGAUAACUGGGAUGAUACCGAUGGUUAUUAUAGGAUUCGUAUUGGGGAGAUGCUUGAUAGUCGGUAUCGCGUAUACGGCUAUACUGGUGCAGGAGUAUUUGGUAAUGUUGUGCGCGCUACGGAUGCAGCACGAAGUAAUACACAUGUAGCGGUGAAGAUUAUCCGCAACAACGAAGUGAUGCGAAAGACGGGUAUGAAGGAACUGGAUAUUUUAAAGAAAUUAAAUGAAGCAGAUCGAGAUGACCGAUAUCACUGCCUUCAGCUUUAUCGGCAUUUCUAUCAUCAUCAACAUCUCUGUUUGGUUUUCGAAUCCCUCAGUAUGAAUCUUCGCGAACUACUAAAAAAAUAUGGGAAUAGUGUUGGUUUGCACAUGAAAGCAGUACGCAGUUAUACGCAGCAACUUCUGAUGGCUCUUAGGUUACUCAAAAAAUGCAAUAUUCUUCAUGCAGAUAUCAAGCCGGAUAACAUUCUUGUAAAUGACACGAAGAUGACUCUAAAAUUAUGUGAUUUUGGCUCUGGUUGUCAUGUUGCUGAUGCGGAAGUGGCACCAUAUCUUGUAUCUCGUUUUUACCGUGCUCCAGAAAUAAUGCUCGGAUUACCAUACGAUUUUGGCAUCGAUUUAUGGUCGGUAGCUGUCACACUUUAUGAAGUGUACACAGGGAAAAUUAUGUUCGCAGGGAAAUCAAAUAAUCAAAUGUUGAAAUUUAUGAUGGAUUUAAAAGGGAAAUUCCCAAAUAAAAUGGUGCGGAAGGCACAAUUCAAAGAUCAACAUUUUGAUCAGAAUUGUAACUUCCUGUACCAUGAAAUCGACAAAGUGACACAACGUGAUAAAAUAACUACUUUAUCUGUUGUGAAGAUCACUCGAAAUUUAGAAAGUGAAUUGUUGGGUGAUCAGGAACUUGACAAGGAAGGUAUGCGGAAACUUGAGCAGUUCCGCUCUUUGUUGGAUGCUAUGGUAAUACUGGAUAAUUCGAAGCGUAUAACGUGCGGUGAAGCACUUAAACAUCCAUUUGUUGUAGAAAAAUGA